AUGUCUCUGGUCGCCGGAGUUACUCGGCUGGAUGAGGCCGUGGUGAAUCGCAUCGCGGCGGGGGAAGUGAUUCAGCGCCCAGCCAAUGCGAUCAAGGAGAUGAUAGAGAAUUGUUUAGAUGCCAAAUCCACAAGUAUCCAAGUAGUGGUUAAAGAAGGAGGCCUGAAGUGGAUUCAGAUCCAAGACAACGGCACUGGGAUCAGGAAAGAAGACCUGGAUAUUGUGUGUGAGCGAUUCACUACAAGUAAACUGCAGUCCUUUGAGGAUUUAACUAAAAUUUCUACGUAUGGCUUUCGUGGUGAGGCUUUGGCUAGCAUAAGCCAUGUGGCUCAUGUUACUAUUACGACCAAAACAGCUGAUGCAAAGUGUGCAUACAGAGCGAAUUACUCAGAUGGAAAACUGAAAGCUCCUCCCAAACCAUGUGCAGGCAAUCAAGGAACCCAGAUCACGGUGGAAGAUCUUUUCUACAACAUAUCCACGAGGAGAAAAGCUUUGAAAAAUCCAAGUGAAGAGUAUGGGAAAAUUUUGGAAGUUGUUGGCAGGUAUUCAAUACACAACUCAGGCAUUAGUUUUUCUGUUAAGAAACAAGGUGAAACAGUAGCUGAUGUUCGAACACUGCCUGGUGCUUCAACUGUUGACAAUAUUCGCUCCAUCUUUGGAAAUGCUGUUAGUCGAGAAUUGAUAGAAGUUGAGUGUGAUGAUAAAACCCUUGGCUUCAAAAUGAAGGGGUACAUUUCCAAUGCAAACUACUCAGUGAAGAAAUGUAUCUUCUUACUCUUCAUCAAUCAUCGCCUGGUAGAGUCAACUUCCUUAAGAAAAGCCAUAGAAACUGUUUAUGCUGCCUAUUUGCCCAAAAACACACACCCAUUCCUGUACCUCAGUUUAGAAAUCAACCUCCAGAAUGUGGAUGUCAACGUACACCCCACCAAGCACGAAGUUCACUUUCUGCAUGAGGACAGUAUUCUGGAGCAGGUGCAGCGCCACAUCGAUGGCAAGCUCCUGGGAUCCAACUCCUCCCGCACGUACUUCACUCAGACUUUACUACCAGGUCUCUCUGGCCCCUCUGGGGAGGUGACGAAAUCUGCCACAGGUGUGACCCCUGGAAGUGGUGACAAGGUCUAUGCCUAUCAGAUGGUUCACACAGACUCUCGGGAACAGAAGCUCGAUGCCUUUCUCCAGCCCUUGAACAAGACCCCACCCGCUCCGCCGAAGGCCUUGAGCCCAGAAGAUGAGCUGGUUGUUGUUGGUGGCAGUGCCAGGCAGCAAGACGAGGAAAUGCUUGAACUCCCCACCACUCCUGACAAGGCUGCCACAAAGGAGACCUUGGGAAAAUUAGAGAAACGAGGUCCCCCUUCUAGUCCAGACAAUCCCAGAAAAAGACAGCGGGAAGGCUCUGAUGUGGAAAUGGUGGAAGAUGAUUCCAGAAAGGAAAUGACUGCAGCUUGUACCCCCCGGAGAAGGAUCAUUAACCUCACCAGUGUUCUGAGUCUCCAGGAAGAAAUAAAUCAGCGGGGACAUGAGACCCUCAGAGAGAUGCUGAACAACCACUCAUUUGUGGGCUGUGUGACUCCUCAGUGGGCCUUGGUACAGCAUCAGACCAAGUUAUACCUUCUCAACACCACCAGACUUAGUGAAGAACUGUUCUACCAGAUACUCAUUUAUGAUUUUGCCAAUUUUGGUGUUCUAAGGUUAUCGGAGCCUGCGCCACUCUUCGAUCUUGCUAUGCUGGCCUUGGACAGUCCUGAGAGUGGCUGGACAGAGGAAGAUGGCCCCAAAGAAGGCCUUGCCGAGUACAUUGUCGAGUUUCUCAAGAAAAAGGCUGAGAUGCUGGCAGACUAUUUCUCCCUCGAAAUUGAUGAGGAAGGAAACCUGACCGGAUUACCACUUCUGAUCGACAGUUAUGUCCCCCCUCUGGAGGGCCUGCCUAUCUUCAUCUUGCGGCUAGCCACUGAGGUGAAUUGGGAUGAAGAAAAGGACUGUUUUGAAAGCCUCAGUAAAGAAUGUGCUAUGUUUUAUUCCAUCCGGAAGCAGUACAUGUCUGAGGAGUCCACUCUCUCAGGCCUGCAGAACGAAGUGUCUGGUUCGACAACAAACCCAUGGAAAUGGACUGUGGAACACAUCGUCUAUAAAGCCUUCCGCUCGCACCUUCUGCCUUGUAAACACUUCACGGAAGAUGGGACCAUUCUGCAGCUUGCUAACCUGCCUGACCUCUACAAAGUCUUUGAGCGGUGUUAAUU